AUGACGGAAGAGAAAAGCACCAUUUCUCGGGGUGAAGAUCUUCUCAAGGAUGAUGAGGGAGGAAAGCCAGUGGAUUCCGAUGAGGAUCAAGAGAUCGACGCACCUCCAAAAUCCUGUUUGGAGGAGAGAAACAACUCACAAAGUAGUAAACAAAAUUCCAAGAUGAAAGAUUGCACUCCAGAGGAGGUGAGCAAAGCUUUAUUGGAGGAAAUUGAAGCGAAAGACGUUGAAAUUAGAGAACUGAGGGACCUUGUUGAAGAGUUGAGAACUUGUAAUCGAGAUAUUGAAACAUUGUUUUCAGAUGACACGGAAGACAUGAUGGAUUUGAGAGACAAGAAACUAAUUGAAAUUGCCAAGAAAAAUAAGAACAUUAUUGUGAAAUUGAACAAGGAAAAAGCAAAAGUAGUGGCCCUGAUUCAGCAGCUUCAAAAACUGCAAUCAUCCACAUCACAAAAAACACCAGUGACGAACAAUAAUAAUAUUCGACAUUUUACAUCAAAAAACACAAAAGACGUUUCUUCAAGUGUGAACACAUCAACAAAUGGUGAUGCUGAUGAAGAAGGUGACGAUGAAACAUUGAAAAUGCUGAACCAAUUUAAAGAAAAAGCCAUCGCCAAUGAAAAACGAGUUAAAAUGCUUCGAGAGCAAGGUGAAAAAUACAAAACUGAAAAUAUGAAAUUACGAGCUCUUAUUCAGAAAGAAGUUGGUGAAGAUGUGCAAAUCGAUGCAUUGUUAAACAAUAGUGAAGGUUUCAGAGGAAGAGCUCAACAGAUUUAUUUGCUUAAAAUCAAAGUGAAAGACUUACAGGCAAAGAUUGAUCAAAUGAUGCAAAAUCCUCAAACAACCUCUACUGGUGUGUCAGGCUCUCCCUCUGUAAACUUAUCAUCCUUAUCUCCAAACAUAGAAACCUCUUCAACAAUUUCAACCCUUUCUUCGGUUUCAGUGGAUGAACGCCAAAGAAAGGCCAUUGAAAAAUUAGAACAAGAGAGAAAAGCAGAGUUGUUUGACUUGAAAAAGGAAUUAUCAGAGAAGAGCGAAGAAAUUAAACAAGUGAAGGGCAAGCUCGAGGCGUCGAUUGCGCGAUGCAAGAACUUGGAAAAAUCAUACAACGAAAUGAAGGCAAAACAAACAAGAAUGCUUGAAAAAACUGAAAAUGAUAACAAAUAUAUUGCAUUGUUGAAAGCAGAACUUGACCAAUUAAAGAAAAAAGGGCUCACAAAGUCUGGAUCCUCUACCAAUGUCAUUAGCUCACCACAACAAGAGCAAGAAAUUAAGAAAUUGACAAAGGAGUUGGAGCAAAAAGAGGAAAUUAUUCGAUACUUGAAGAAUGAACUGCAGACAACAAGCAAGAAGGCCCUCGAGACUAUGCAGUUAAGCUUGCUUGCAUCGAGCACAGAUAGUGUCAAACAGGGAGGAAUGGUUGAUAGCAGUGGUGACGAAGAAGCAAAAUUGAGAUUGACCAUUUCUACGAUAGAGGUCGAAAAACUAAGAGAGCUGAAAAAAAUGUCUCAGCAAAAAAUUGCAGAGUUGGAACAUAAACUUCUCGAAGCGAAUGAGCAGCUUCUAAAUGAGCGAAUGAUGAAUGCAGAGCUUGAACGAAAAUGUCAUCAGUUUAUGAAAGGGGAAAAGCCAAAUUUCGAAGUAACCACGAAUGUCCAAUUAGAGGAUGAGAUUGCUAUUCUACGAGAUGAAAAUGAAGCUCUUAAACAAAUGAUAGAGCAUUCAAAAAGAGCCAAGGAAGAAGAAAUCAAAUCAUACCUUCAUAUCAUUGACUCUCAAAAGCGCAACUAUGAAAGCUAUAUUGCCAAUUUGAAAGAAAAAUUAAUGUUAAACGGCGAAACCAGCGGCUCUAGCAAGAGUUCGGAAAUACUGCCCUCCAUUCGCCAAAGUUCUCCUCAAUCGAUGUCAAGAGACGAUGAAAAAACGUCUUCCAAUGAAUCCAAGCUUCUGGAGGAAAACGAGCAGCUUAAAAAACAAUUAUCCGAAAUUAAGAACAUGUAUAAUUCACUGGCUUUCUCGCAACAGCAGCGAAAGAAAUUUACACUAAAGCAAUGA